UUCCGGUUGAGCGCACCCGGAAGAUUUGGAUGCAAGUUUCACUGCUUCACCGUGCAUCCAUAUGCUCGCUACUUUAAACGUUUUCAUGUGAUUGGGGUGCUUUUUCUACACAGUAUUAUUUGCAACAAUGUUAUCCUUUGAUUUCCUCGACGAUGUUCGUCGCAUGAAUAAGCGGCAGCUCUAUUACCAGGUGCUGAACUUUGGUAUGAUUGUUUCCUCUGCGCUGAUGAUCUGGAAAGGAUUGAUGGUUGUCACAGGCAGCGAGAGUCCCAUUGUUGUCGUUCUCAGUGGAAGUAUGGAGCCAGCUUUCCACAGAGGAGACCUGCUGUUUCUAACCAACCGGGUAGAGGACCCCAUCAGAGUCGGAGAGAUCGUUGUCUUCAGGAUAGAGGGCAGAGAGAUCCCAAUAGUACACAGAGUACUAAAGAUCCAUGAAAAGGAAAAUGGAGACAUUAAGUUCUUGACCAAAGGGGACAACAAUGCAGUGGAUGACAGAGGUCUGUACAAGCAGGGCCAACACUGGCUGGAGAAAAAGGAUGUGGUGGGACGAGCUAGAGGGUUUGUGCCAUACAUUGGAAUUGUCACCAUUCUCAUGAAUGAUUACCCCAAGUUCAAAUAUGCUGUUCUCUUCAUGCUGGGUCUCUUUGUGUUGGUCCAUCGGGAGUGAGGUACCCAGACUUCAGGGCUCAAAAGGAUAAACUUCGUCCAGGAAACCUCAGUCAUGCCUUCAAAACAGAAUUAAAGGACCAGUGUGUAGGAUUUAGUGGCAUCUAGCGGUUAGGUUGCAAAUCAUAAUUGAGUAUCCCUCCCCUGCCCCUCCCUUUCCAAGUAUUAAGGCAAACCUAACUCGCAAAAAACUGUAAAAAGCCCUAUCUAGAGCCAGUGUUUGGUUUGUCCCCUCGAGCUACUGUAGAAACAUGGCGGUGCAACAUGGCGGGCUCCGUGGAAGAGCACCUGCUCCCUAUGUAGAUAUAAAUGGCUCAUCCUCAAGUAGUAAAAACACAACAAUUCUUCUUUUUGCUAAUUGACACUUCUACUACUUUUGAAUAUUAUGUUCCAUUUCUUCUAAGUCUGUUCUGCUAGAUGCCGCUAAAUUCUGCACAAUGUACCUUUAAGACAGACUUUGUCAAACCCAACUGGCUUUUUUGUACCAUUUGUUUGAACAUUUUGUAGAAACGUGGAUAGGGUGUUUACAUUUGAAAAAAAUUCAAGCUUUAAAAAUAUUUUUGUGAGGUAACUAGGCUAGAUUUAGUUUGAAGUCUAUCUUUAUUUGUUAUCCUCAGAAUGUGACUUAACAUUCUUUAAGAUAAUGAGUCUUGUUUCUUUCCUGUUGAAUCAUUGUCUUUGAAAAAGAUAUGUGAAGUAUUUUGUGACAACAAAAUAUGAAUGAUAUUAAAUAUGAAAUCUGGUUACCA